AUGGGUUCAACAGGCCCCGGCUUCCUGGAGAAGCGCGUCAGGAAACUCAUCAGAGCGAGACAGGAUGCCACCGAGAAGGUCGCAGUUCAGCUCAGACUACAAACGUCGCCCACAAUGGCAAAAGACCCGAAUGGCGACGAGACUUGUAGUCUAGUCAAGGCACCAAAGGUACCUCGGACAUGCAUCGCUAUCCCGCUCACUUCUUGCCCACCAUUACAUCUGGCAGAACGUCCAUCACACCUGCCUAGUACACUCCCUCCUUCGAUCCAAGCCGCUUUCAAGCAAGCCAGAGAUACAGGCUUCAAACGGGUCGAGAUCAGCCCCGAUGAGGACCUGGAAAGAUUGCUUCGUUUCAAGCAAGACUCUCAAGAAGGGGAGGAGACUGCAAAGAACGAGAGCCCUGCAAUCUCGAAAUCAGACGACCAAGAAGCAGUCCAGCUUGAGCAUUGCAACGAUUCUACGGACAUAGGCGACAGCCGAGACAGUACUACGGACGAUUCGGAAGGAAUCCAACCCGAAAAAGUCGAGAAUGUCCAAGAGACUGACGACUCUUCAGAGUCUGAGGUACCGGAGUCUCCAGCAAAUCAAGCUGAGCCAUACGAAGAGGCCUUGGAGACCGACGACUCUUCAGACCAAGAAUGGGAGUGUCAAACAUCAGUUCGCAUAACGUCUGGUCACAACAAAUCGCAGAAUCGCAGACGAAAGAUCUUCGAGCGGCCACAAGAGCUCGACUCUUUGAUCAGCACUUGGAAGCAAGGCUCCGAAGGUUGCGCUGACGACUCACAGGUUUGA